AGAGAGAUUGCCUCCGUCGCUCCAUCCCACUCCGGCGCAGUUCCCCUCCGCGCUCAAUCACUCUCUCCGUCCUGCUCGGCAGCAGUGACGUCACCGAGCAAGCCAGUGGGUUGAACAGAAGGUAGAGCGAGCGAGCUACAGAAGGGAGCGGAGUUGUUGGGGCCUGCUCGAGAAGACCCGACAAAACACUCAAAUCGGAUUUCUGACUGUCAGGUAUCAGAUCUCAGCCCGACUGAACUGAAAACACGCUUUCUGUGCGUGUCCAACCCCCCUCUUCCCCGUGCCUGAUUUGACCGGAGCUCGGAACACCAAGAAGGACUCCAUGAAAGAUGACGGAGGAGGUCAUCGUCAUCGCCAAGUGGGACUACGCUGCCCAGCAGGACCAGGAACUUGACAUCCGGAAAAACGAGCGCCUCUGGCUGCUGGACGACUCCAAGACGUGGUGGAGGGUGCGGAACGCCUCCAACAAGACGGGCUACGUCCCUUCCAACUACGUGGAGCGCAAGAACAGCCUGAAGAAGGCCUCUCUGGUGAAGAACAUAAAGGACACACUGGGUCUGGGCAAGCCGAAAUGGAGGGCCAGCGUCCGGGACUCCUCCCCCACGCCCAGCACGGAGGCGGAGUACCCGUCCAACGGGAGCGGCGGGGCGGAGCGCAUCUAUGACCUCAGCGCGCCGGCGCUGGUCAAGUUCGGCUACGCGGCGGAGCGGGAGGACGAGCUGUCGCUGGUCAAGGGCACGCGGGUGGUCGUCAUGGAGAAGUGCAGCGACGGCUGGUGGCGGGGCAGCUACGGGGGCCGCGUGGGGUGGUUCCCCUCCAACUACGUCCUGGAGGAGGGCCAGGAGGCGUCGGGGGACCCGUACGGGUACCCGCCCGCGAGGCUGGGCGGGGGGGCGGCGCUGGCCAACGGGCAGGGCGGCGGGCGGGCGCCUCAGCUGGUGCAGACCCUGUACCCCUUCAGCUCGGUGACGGAGGAGGAGCUCAACUUCGAGAAGGGGGAGACCAUGGAGGUGCUGGAGAAGCCGGAGAACGACCCCGAGUGGUGGAGGUGCAAAAACGGGCGGGGCCAGGUGGGCCUGGUGCCCAGGAACUACGUGGUGGUGCUGAGCGGCGACGGGGGGGUGGGCCCCGGGCCCCGCUCGCCACAGGCCGGCGGCCUCUCGGGCCCCGCCCGCACCGGCAGGUUCGCCGGCAAGGAUUGGUACUACGGCAACGUGACGCGCCACCAGGCGGAGUGCGCCCUGAACGAGCGGGGGCGCGAGGGAGACUUCCUGGUGCGGGACAGCGAGUCCUCGCCCAGUGAUUUCUCCGUGUCUCUGAAGGCCCCGGGUAAGAAUAAGCACUUUAAGGUUCAGCUGGCUGACGGGGUCUACUGCAUCGGCCAGCGCCGCUUCCCCUCCAUGGACCAGCUGGUGGAGCACUACAAGAAAGCGCCCAUCUUCACCAGCGAGCACGGCGAGAAGCUCUACCUCGUCCGGCCGCUGCUGUGACCCCCCCCGACCCCGCCCGGCCCCGCCCCGCCCUACCCAACAGAAAGCCCGAAGGCAACGAGCCUUACUUCCUGACCUUUCGCUCACCAAUCAGAGCCAACCUCUCCGCCUCUCUCUCUAUUCCUUUGACAUUUAUUGAAAGGAAUUUAACAGACACUCUAGAAGGUGACUAAAAACCAAUCCCAAAGGACUACAUGUGAUUAAGGGUUAAGGAGCUGGCCAAUCACGGAGCCGGCUGACCCAGUUUACUUUCUCGCUUUGUUUUUAUUGGACGGCUCUGUGCCUCCUUUGCUUCUCAGUCUCAAGCUUCCUUCCAAAAACCACCUGCGAGGCGCGUCGUCGUCCGUACGAGAGGAGCGUCCUCACCGCGCGUUCGCUGACCUUUGACCUCUCCUCUCUGAGAAAGCGGGGUCGCCUCUCCGCGUCGCCCCCUGCUGGCGGCCGCACUGAAACGCACCUCUCCGAGCGCUCUCUUCCUGUCCGCCAAGCCUGCCCUGGAGGCUGUGCGGGACCGCCUGAGCUACAGACACGCUUACUGACCCGUUCACAGACACCGCCCCCCCCGCCCCCCCCCCCGGAGCCAUGCACGGGGCCGCUGUUUUAAGACCCCCGUUGACUUUGGGGGAGGGGGUGACCGGCCUGUAGCUGCCCACUGUUCAUGGGGUGGGGUGGGGGGGGCGUUUGGCAGAGAGUGGGAGGUGGAGGAGGGGGUAACAACAGGGGAAACCCAAAUAAUAAAUAAUAGCCAAAUUUUUGCCGAACUUCAGCCAAAUGUGCCCCCUCCAGUUCUCUCGUGCCCCCCUCCCUGCCCCCCCCCCCAGUUCUGCUGUUCCACGGACCCUUUCAGUCUCAGAGUUGUAUAUUCAUUUGCCUGAUUGUGAACACAAGUUCCUUAUUCCUUAUUAAUAAAAGGAAAUGAGAAAGAAAGCUUUUUAUUUUGGUUUUUUUUUGUUUUGUUUGUUUUUUUUACAUUACCCAUGGCCGUUUUGUUGACCAAUGACUUCAUUUACUUCUCUGGAAUUUGCUUUUUAUAAAUAUAACACUGAAUGUUUUUGAACAUAGUUAUUUAAUUCUUGUUUCCGCUGUAUGUAUAUUUAAAAAAAAGGUGCAAAUAUAAAUUGUUUAGACCCCAGCAGCAAGGUACUGUACCUCAAACAGUGUGUUGAGAAUUGAAACACUUUUGUUCAAUUAAAAGUUUUGCAAAAUAUGGAACAA